CACGUGCCUCGUUCCUUAAUAGUUUCCUGCGCUAGCUGCGCUUCAGAAAAAUGGACCGUGCGGAGACUGCAUUACGCAUUUUUUUCCAUUUCGUGCGUAAUGAGGUGUGAUUUCAUGCAGGGUGUCCACAUAGUAACGCACGUACAUCCCGGUGGGGCUGCGGUGGGAGCGUUUUCACCUGCGUGGCGCCUGUGUGGCGUCGGCUUGAUGCUCCGUCCUGCUGCUACGUCAGCGGCUGCUCUGCGGCGCAGAGUGGGGCUGCAGCGCGGUGGUGCGGACGAUGCGCACGGAGGAUGCGACACUGAACCAAGUUUAAAGCUGCUCCGCGAAGCCGCGGACGCGGCGAAGCGGACGUAGCGCAGUCAUCGCCUCCUCCGGUGCCGGGACCGCUUUCCCUUUUUGAUUUGCGCAACCUCACACACACACACACACACACACACACACACACACACACACACACACACACACACACACACACACACACACACACACACCGACCUGGUUAGAGCCACUCCACCUGCAUGAUCGGUGCGCCAGGUGAGUAAAACACGAGUGGAGGGUGUGGUGUGGUUCUCUGUGUGUUUCCUACUACAUGUGCCAGACGCGGCGGAGCAGCAGCGGAGCAGGCUCGUCUCGUACCGGUCUGCCAUUAGCGGGGGUCCACGGCGCUCACGUCGGCUGCUGAGCCUGCAGGAUGAACUUUAAGAACCUGAGGGAGUACCUGGCCUGGUUAUACUACCAGUACCUGCUCAUCACUGGCAUCUAUGUCCUGGAGCCCUGGGAAAAGUCCAUCUUCAACUCCAUCCUCUUCUCUGCCAUUGCCAUGGUGAUCUACACCUCAUAUGUGUUUGUGCCCAUUCAUGUGCGCCUGGCACUGGAGUUUUUCUCUGGGAUCUUUGGUGGCCAGCCCGAAAGCACCAUGACACUCAUGAACUAAAAGAAGGGGAGAAUAUGGAGGGAGGAGGCAAAUCAUUUCAUAAUUCAACUUUACGCAACCUCCAUUCAAACCCCAGCUAAUCAAGACCCAAACCCGACGCUCUGAUUGGACGGUCUGGAGACGAGAGCCUGUCUCCCUCGGGCCUUGUCCCACGGUAUUAGACCCACAUUAUACGUACAUCACUCUUACGCUGCUUUAAAAUCUGGACUCUUUCUCCGUUUUUUUAAAAUCUUCCUGAAUCUCCGUCCUGUGUGAAUGCAUACCACCCCUGGUUUUGCAUGAUAGGGUCGCACAUGCGUAGCAGAUUUGCAUGCUGGUCUUUUAACGAAACACCUCCCGGCCUUUGUCUAGACUCUGAGCCGCGGCCUUUAACUGGGCACAUCAGCGACAGGACGCAACUGGACUCAGUGCAACGCAGACCACUGCCCCACACGCAGGAUUCAGUCUGACACCACUCCUUCAGACAGUCCUGCAGGGUCACGUAUGACGCUUUCUGUAGCUGAUCAGAGACUGAGUCUGAGCUAUGCAACGAGGCUAAAAGAGUCACGAUCAGGGAGCUGCUGUACAGAAACUCUGCAUUUACUGGAACAAAAGCCUGUAAUGCUGGUCGUAUGCCAAUUAACGGGCAGGAUGUGUGCUGAGCCCUCCUUUAUCUCUCCAUUUGUAACUACUGCUACGUCACGAAGGGCGCGCUGGAGACAUGAGCGCCAGCAAAUAUUUGUGUUUUAGGCUUGGCUUUACUUUACUUUACUCAAUCAGCAGCUUCCGAACUGUCAAAUGCAAGACGCCCGUGUGGCAGACGACUAAAAGGCAACGGCUGCGUUACAAUCAUGGUAAUUUGUGCUUCGGGUCGAGGGUUUGCUGAUUUCUAGACAUGAGCUGAAGCUAACUUUAUUUGUAUGAACAUAUAUACUUAUAUACACUGGUAAAGGCUUGGCUGGUUACAAUGUCAGUUACCAGCUCUGGUUUUGAUUAUUUAUGUCUGAUCAUUUCUUCUUGACUUUGUGUUUUUCAUCUGAAAGUGCUUUUAUAUUUGUGCUUGUGUGUGUGUCUUCCUGUUUUAUUUUUUUAAACCUUUGUAGCAGAUGCAGACAUGUAUCAUUCCCAAAGAAUGUAGAGCUCCCUGAGAAAUGUUUUUUCCGCCUCUCCCCCCAAAUAAAUGUUUAUUUUCUACAUGAUGACAACGCGUCACAGCAACAUUGAGACAAUAAAUGUGUUUGACGCUG